AUGAAUCGGCCAAUGCAACGAGAUAUCUCGCACUAUUUGUUGCAAACGUCGACGUCCAAGAAACGCCAGAAUGGUUUAGAGACGCGUGAUCACGUGGUAGAUCAAGCUAGCUCCAGAUCCACACGACGCGACUUCUUCAAGAAAAUCCCCCCGCAUCGACCAGCGCAAGAACGCAAGUUGGCAACCAAUUCGUUUGCGCACUUUUCAGUGACCCUGGCUCGUCGACAAGUUAUGUUGUUAUGGAAUUCAUCGAAGGGGCAACACCCUAGAUACUCAAACAGUACUUUCUGGAAAUGCGUGAUUCCUCCCUCAUCGGGCUAUUUUAUGGCAGUAUCGGGGAAAUCCCCCUUCUGCAUGGUAUUUUCUGGAACCCCCCCAAAGUCGACGCUUUCGAUCAAUGGUAGUUUCGACUCUGAAGCUGCACUGAGUGAAGCGAUGACUUUGAAGUCUCUAGAGGCAGCCGAUCUCCCUACCGUCCGCAAGGCUGACUUCUAUCAUCGAUCGCUAUCGCAUAUAAUUUUCGAGACCAUGCUCCGAAAUUUAUGCGUGGGGGACUUCCAGCGUAAGAACAUCACAAUCAACCAAAUCGCCUGA